GUGUUGCGCUGAAAACAGAAAGGUACAAAUCUGCCCAUUUAAUCACUCUUUUUCUUAUGUCUGUGCGACUGCAGCCCGACUUCUGCAGCGAUGAGGUGUUUUUCGGCCGGUUCCCCGUGCACCGCGCCUGCCGGGACGGAGAUGUUGGGGGUUUGGUGUCACUUUUGCAGCGUUUGUCGCACAUUUCCCAGCUGACGGAGGAGGACUCGGUCUACGGCUGGACGCCGCUGCACUGGGCUGCUCACUACGGCCAGCUGGAGUGCGUGGCCCACCUGGUGCAGCGGGGCUGCGAGGUGAACCUGCCCACCAGCCGCUGCAGCCAGACGCCCACGCACACGGCCGCCUUCGGGGGCCGGCCGCGCUGCGUCACCUGGCUGAGCCAGGCCGGCGCUGACGUCAACAGACAGGACUGCGUGGGCGAGACUCCCAUCCACAAGGCGGCCCGCUCCGGCAGCCUGGAGUGUAUCCAGGUCCUGCUGAUCGCAGGAGCCAAACCCCACUUGAGGAAUGUCGGCGGGCAGACGGCGGCAGACCUGGCCCACGCUCACGGCUUCCCCCACUGUUUCUGCUUCAUCUCCAACGCCCAGAACCACGCGCAGCUGCUCGGGGCGCUGGCCCUGAACGCAGCGCCGGGGGGGAAGAUCGGCAGGAAGAGGCCGAUUACGGUCGUAGAGGCUCAGCAGCUGAAGAGGAGGAGAGCCGACGUCGUGUCGGUGCAGACGUACGGCGCCGGGGAGGAGGCCGAGUCCAUGGACCCGGAUCACUCAGAUGGAGACGUCGUCAACGGCCGUCAUCCCACGAUGCCUCGCGCCGACCGAGGGCCGCGGCUCCUCCCGUCCGCCCCCGUCCCGACCAAUCAGCACGCUCCCACGGCCAUGUGCGGCUCGCUGCACGUGAGCGGCAGCCCCGGCAGCUCGGCCCCGCUCUGGGGGGGCCCGGGGGGGCCGGACGGGGGAGACCUGCUGCACUACGGACACUACCACGGCUUCGGGGACACGGCCGAGGACCUGGGAGACCCCUGACCCCGUCUCAGCGGUUCAGGAACGUUUCAGCUUCAUGUUUUUACUCCACGUUGCCUUGGUCAGCGGUCCGGAGCCGGGACGCCACCUUAAUUAUCAUAUGAUGAUUUCACAAAGAUUUAAUCUCAUCAAAAUACAGUAUUUGUGGACUUUUACGUUUAUUUUCACCUUCAAACGGAUUCAAGAAUUCAGAAUCAGUAUUUAGUUUGUAGUUUAAGCCACAAUCUCGUGUCGGGUUCCCAGGUUUGUUGGAUGAGGUGCAAACAAACUAAACUAUUUUGUAAACUGAUUUGUAGCUAAAUGGCGCCACCUCCUUAUGUACUGUAAAACAGCAUUUUGAUUAUUAUGUUCUCAACCCUUUAAUACCGGAUUAAUCAGAUCUGUACGGAAGAGUAUUAGGGCCAUGCAGGAGAAAAAGUAUUUGAGAGGGGAAGAUUUUUUUUUUUUAUUGUGCACUGAGAAAAAAGUUGAAAUGUCGAGAAAAAAGUCAAAAUGUCGAUUAAUGUUGAAAUACAAUUUCGAGAAAAAAGUCGAAAUUUUGCACUUUUUCUCGACAUUUUGACUUAAAAAGGUGAAAUGUCGAGAUUAAUGUUGAAAUACAAUUUCAAGAAUGUCGAAAUUGCGCCUUUUUUCCUCAACAAUUCAACUUUAUUCAUGAAAUUUUGACUUUUUUUCUCAACAUUUCGACUUUUUUCUCGAAGUGCAUAAUGGAAAAAAAAAAAUCUUCCUCCUCUAAAAUAUUAUUUUUAUUUUUCUCCUGCCUGGCCCUAAUAUUCUUCCAUAGAUCUGAUCAAGUAUAAAACUUUAAUACUAUAACCUAAAUAAAUUAAAAAUAUAAAAGAUACAUAAAACUUACCUAAUAUAUUCAUAAUCAGGAAAAAUAAUGAUUUAGAAACUGUUAAAUACAGAAUUGGAAGUUGUUUUUUUAAAUUGCAAUAUACAAUCAAUAGUUCAUAUUAAAAUAUUUCUUUUUUUUUGGGGUGAUAUUACAUAUUUCUGGCAUUAAAGGGUUAAAAAGGUGUUUGGAUGAUUGUACCUGCUUCUGCGUGGUCAGGCAGCUUCUGUAACGGCCGCGUUGGACGGUCGUUUCCCCCCGAACCCGCUCCGACCGUUUAUUUCUGCUCUUUCUCUCUGUUUACUGCCGGAACCGGCUGCACUAUGAGCAGGUUGGACGACGACCUUCCUCAGAGCUGUGUUGUAUUUAACUUAUUCAGCUCCCAGGCGUCAGCUCCUGCUACUUUUCUACUUUGUCCUAUUUUUCUGAAUAAAACUGUUUUUUUACAUCUUAAUUUCAUUCUGUAUGCUGUUUUUGGGGUCCGUUUCUAUGGAGGUAGAUUUGUUUCUUAAUUAUUCAAUCAAAGGAAAGAUUGCUUCAAUCAAAAAAAUGUAUUUCAAUCA